AUGGCGAAGAAGGGAAAGGAGAAGGCGCCCGCAGCUGCCCCUCCAGGUACAGCAGGUACAGGCUCAGCGGGGGCCAACUCGUCCAAGAAAUCAUCAAAGCAAAAGGCUCCAGCACCCAAAGAGGACGAUUUUAUCGUCUUUACCAACUCUGACAAGGAGCCAAAGGCCAGAAAGAAGCAGAAUGCUGGCUCUUCAGGCAAUACGGACCCUGCAGACGGUCCGCCGGGACCCCCCAAGCCGACGGUGAAGCAGAUUGUGGGAGGGGCCAGUUGGACGGGCAAACUCCCGGUGAACCUGCUGUCGGAGCACUGCCAGAAGCAGAAAUGGGAGAAGCCCAGCUAUGACAAUGACAAGGAUACUGAUGGAUUCUGUUGCUUUGUGACACUCAGUGCCAAGCAUCCCAAGACGCAGGAGAUGCAGACACUGCCGCCUUUCAAGAUUCCUGCUAGUCAUAAGCAUCUCAUCACCAAGCCAACGGCACUCGAGGCCAGACAUGCAGCCGCCACGUAUGCUCUGUUCCGUGUCUGUAGCAUGAAGAAUAUACACACGACGCUGCCUCCGGACUACAAGUCGUUGUGGAAAGAGUUUGAGGUUCUGAAAAAGGAAGACGUCAAAAAGGAUCUCGCUUGGCAGUAUGCCGCUGACCCAUUUGUAACCAUGAAGGAAAGGGAGGACGCAAAGGCUGCAGCGGAGAAGAAGCGGAAAGAGCAAGAGGCCAUCAAAGAAAAGGCAAAGAACAUGCCCGGCGCUGCUGGUCUGGUCCUGCGCAGUAAUGCUGCCAACAGUUCUGGCGGCGGAGGAUCGAACCCCAUGAAGGGUUGGACCACAGUUCCAAAGAUUGAAAUGGGAAGAAAAACUCGCUCGCAGCUUGAGGACUUGCUCCGUCGAGAAGUGGUGUGGAACCCGUAUGGCGUCAAAAUGUCGGCAUCUCAGAAAGAAGCCAUCGUAAAGGAGUUUACCAACUCGGGCUUUCGAAAAAGUCACGUCGAAGAGGCAGUUGACGAAUGCAAGGAUCGCGAGGAGUCUCUGGAGUGGCUUCUGAUCCACGUUCCCGAAGAUGAUCUACCGAAGUGGGCUCUGCCUGAAAGCUACAGCGCCGGCGUGUCAGUCGCGGCGACGUCCGACCUCAAGCGAGAAGCUGCCAUCAAACGGCUUUCGCAAUCCGGUUACUCUGUCGAACUUUGUCGAAAGGUGUACGAUGAGAACGGCGGCGAUGAAGGUCUCACUGCCGUAGCUCUUCAGCAGAUCCUCCUAACCAGUGGUGAUGGCCAAACUGAGAUUGAAAAUGCAGAAGAGCCUCUCAUCCUUGGGACUCCUGACGAAUGCUGGACCGAUGAAACAGAAAGCCUGGAAUCGGUAUUUGGCGAGCAUUACAAGCGGAUCUCGGAUGAUAUUUGUCAGAUUCGUAUCGACUCCGUCGCAAAUGGGCCGAAGAAGGAUAUCGAGACCUAUGUCCAGAUUCGAAAAUCACCAGAUUAUCCGACAGAUGUCAUUGUUUCUAUCGUGUCCGAUCUGCCUUCAUAUAUCAAGCUCAGCAUUGUCAAAAAGACGCUUGCUUAUAUGAAGGAAUCACUUGGUGGCGAACCAAUGAAGGUCUACUUUUUGGUGGAUUGGGUGCAACAGAACAUCAACGACAUUAUACAACGACCGGGGAAACUCAAGGAUAUCUCGGGCGUUACCUCGACAGCCUCAGAGGUCCGAAAUGUCGUUGGAAAGAUGAAGAAGAUAGCCAGACAUCCAGCACCGUUGAAAUGGAUUGUUGACGCUAGCAAUAAGGAGGAGUGGCAAGCAAGACAGGCCGACCCGUCUUGGAAGCAAAUGCUCUCGCAGCGCCAAAAACUGCCCGCCUGGCAAGUCAGGGAAAACCUGGUACAGACAGUCUCUCAAAACCAGGUGACAAUCAUUGCCGGAGAAACGGGUAGUGGCAAGUCGACACAAUCGGUUCAAUUCAUUCUAGACGAUCUCUACAGCAAAGGCUAUGGCCGGGCUGCCAACAUUAUUUGUACACAGCCUCGGCGGAUCUCGGCUCUUGGUCUCGCAGAUCGUGUGAGCGAUGAGCGUUGUACAAAGCUGGGUGCCGAGGUUGGAUACUCGAUCCGUGGAGAAAACAAAGUCAGCAAGCAGACUAAAAUCACAUUUGUAACCACUGGUGUUCUGCUAAGAAGGCUUCAAACCUCUGGCGGCCGGACUGAGGACGUCGCGGCAUCGUUGGCCGAUGUCAGUCACGUCGUGAUUGACGAAGUUCAUGAGCGCAGUCUGGACACGGAUUUCCUCUUGAGCAUUAUUCGCGAUGUCCUCCGGCGAAGGAAGGAUUUGAAGUUGGUCUUGAUGAGUGCCACUCUAGAUGCUGCGACAUUCAAGAACUAUUUCACAUCCGAAGGUUUACAAGUUGGACUUGUAGAGAUUGCUGGCAGAACGUUUCCCGUUGAAGAUUAUUACUUGGAUGAUAUCAUUCACAUGACUAAUUUCACCAUCAGUGGAAGCCGAUAUGACGACUAUGAAGAUGACUCCAAGGGCACUGCUCAGGACCCUGUCAACAAGAUAAUCCAGAAGCUCGGAUCUAGAAUCAACUACAACCUCUUGGUCGAAACCGCCAAAGCCAUUGAUACACAACUGCACCAAACUGGAAAGCAAGGUGGAAUUCUCAUCUUUUUGCCAGGCGUUGCAGAAAUCAACCGAACGGUCAGAGAGCUUCAGGCUGUCUCAUCUCUGCAUGUAUUGCCUCUCCAUGCAUCCCUAGAUACUCGGGAUCAAAAGAAGGUCUUUGCCAAGCCGCCACCUGGUAAGCGAAAGGUCGUGGUCGCAACCAAUGUCGCUGAAACGUCCAUCACCAUUGAUGACAUAGUUGCCGUCAUUGAUACAGGCAAGGUCAAGGAGACGAGCUUCGACCCACAGAACAAUAUGCGUAAGCUCGAGGAGACUUUUGCUUCUCGGGCUGCUUGCAAGCAGCGCAGAGGACGUGCUGGCAGAGUCCAAGCAGGCAACUGCUAUAAGCUCUACACGCGCAAUCUCGAGCAGCAAAUGGCCGAGCGCCCGGAUCCUGAAAUCCGCCGUGUGCCGCUUGAGCAGCUGUGUCUAUCAGUCCGAGCAAUGGGCACCCGUGAUGUUGCUGGUUUCCUUGGAAGAACACCCACACCUCCCGAGUCAACUGCAGUUGAAGGAGCCAUGAAGCUCUUACAGAGAAUGGGAGCUCUGGACGGAGACGAGCUCACUGCGCUCGGUCAACAAUUGGCCAUGAUUCCAGCUGAUCUACGGUGUGGCAAGCUCAUGGUUUACGGAGCGAUCUUUGGCUGCCUAGAAGAAUCGAUUUGGAUUGCUGCAAUUCUCAGUACCAAGAGUCCGUUCUUGUCCCCUCCAGACCGGCGGGAAGAAGCCAGGGAAGCGCGUAAAAGGUUCUCCAACGGCGAUGGAGACCUUCUCACAGAUCUACGCGCCGUGCAGCAUUGGAACUCGAUGAUGGAGGACAGGAUCCCUCAGCGACAAGUUCGAAACUUUUGCGACGACAACUUCUUGUCAUACCAUACUCUUUCGGAUAUCGCGACAACUCGCACACAGUACUAUGCGGCUCUGACUGAGAUAGGAAUUGUGCCUCCGUCCGCCAUUAGCGAUGCUCGCCGCUCUGGCCAAAGCACAGCGUCUACUGCAAUAGUGCGAGCCUUGACGGCCUCUGCGUUCACCCCCCAGAUUGCACGCAUACAGUUCCCAGACAAGAAGUUUGCUGCAUCAGUGACGGGAGCUGUAGAGCUGGAUCCCGAGGCCAAGACUAUCAAGUACUUUACGCAGGAGAACGGAAGGGUCUUUAUCCACCCGAGCAGUAUGCUCUUUGACAGUCAGGGCUUUUCGGGCAAUGCCAGUUUCGUGUCGUACUUUACAAUGAUGGCGACAAGCAAGAUCUUUGUGCGGGAUUUGACUCCAUUCAACGCCUUUACACUACUCCUAUUCUCUGGUGCUAUCGAGUUGGACACCCUCGGAAGAGGUUUGGUCGUUGAUGGUUGGCUAAGAUUGCGCGGCUGGGCACGCAUUGGAGUGCUGGUAUCCCGUCUCAGAGGCAUGGUGGACAAUGUCAUUGCGCUCAAGGUCAAUGACCCACAAGCAGGUGUACAGGACAAUGAGGUUAUCAAAAUGGUUACCAAACUCAUAGAGCUAGACGGUCUAGAUGCAUAA